AUGGAGAUUCCACCAGGUUUCGCUACUUCUCAAGUAGCUGGGAAGGUGUGCAAGUUGAAGAAGUCUUUGUAUGGGUUAAAACAGUCUCCGAGAGCAUGGUUUGACAGAUUCAGGUUGGCAGUCUGUGGUAUGGGGUACAAGCAGUGCAAUGGAGAUCAUACUGUGUUUUAUAGGCACUCCAAAACUCGUAUCACUAUUCUGGCGGUCUAUGUUGAUGAUAUUGUAAUCACUGGAGAUGAUGUUGAAGAAAUCCUACGGUUGAAGAAGAAAUUGGGAGAGGAAUUUGAAGUUAAAGAUCUGGGGCAGUUAAAAUACUUCCUCGGAAUUGAAAUUGCAAGGUCGCGAAAGGGUAUAGUGCUUUCUCAGCGGGGGCAGUUAAAAUACUUCCUCGGAAUUGAAAUUGCAAGGUCGCGAAAGGGUAUAGUGCUUUCUCAGCGAAAGUAUGCUCUGUAUCUUCUCUCAGAGACAGGGAUGUUGGGGUGCAGAGUUGCAUCUACUCCUAUCGAGCAGAAUCAUAAGAUGUGUGCCGAGGGUGGUGACCCAGUGAGUAAAGAGCAAUAUCAAAGAUUAGUUGGACGACUUAUAUAUUUAUGCCAUACGAGACCUGAUAUUACUCAUGCAGUGAGUGUGGUGAGUAGAUAUAUGCAUGAUCCCAGAGAACAGCAUAUGGAGGUAGUUCGCAGAAUUCUUAGAUAUAUUAAGGGAAGCCCAGGAAAGGGGUUGUGGUUCAGAAGUUCUGGACAUCUGAGAAUUGAAGGCUACUGUGAUGCUGAUUGGGCGGGUUGUAUGGAUGAUCGUAGAUCCACUACAGGCUACUGUGUAUUUGUUGGAGGCAAUCUCGUAUCUUGGCGUAGCAAGAAGCAAGAUGUGGUGGCUAGGUCUACAGCUGAGGCGGAGUACAGGGCUAUGGCAGUUGGUCUGUGCGAGUUGAUGUGGGUCAAAAACAUAUUAUCUGAGCUGCGCUUGUUUAGAAGAGACUCCUUACAACUUUGGUGUGACAACAAAUCGGCGAUUAAUAUUGCAAACAAUCCAGUUCAGCAUGAUCGCACCAAACAUGUGGAGAUCGAUCGGUUCUUUAUCAAAGAGCAACUGAAUAGAGGAGUUCUAACUUUGAGCUAUGUGAAAUCAGAAGAACAGUUAGCUGAUUGUUUAACAAAAGGAUUAUGUUCUAGAGAGUAUGAUAUCUUUUGUAACAAGAUGGGGAUGAUUGAUAUCUAUCGCCCAUCUUGA